AUGGCUGUUGGUACUCGCUACGGAGGAUUAAAUCCUAUGGUUUCGUCUAAUUUAUGGCGUAAGAUUGGCAUUCCAAAGUUCCUGUAUGGAUCAGAGAUCUGGCAGCUGAAAAUGAACAAUUAUAUUGAGUUAGAAAAGGUCCAAAAUAUCAUGGUCAGGAUCAUGCAGGGACUAUUACCAGGAACGUCUGGGUCUGCGGCACGGGGACUUUUCGGCUUACUUUCAGUUGAAGCGGAGAUAGAUAAGCGAAAAUUGUAUUUUCUGGGAAGAUUGAUAAACAUGGGUGCCGGUGCACCAUGCCGCCGUGUCUUCUUUAUCAGGUUACUAAGGUGGAAGUGGAACUGUGGCAAAAAAUUAACCGGAUUUGUGCCAGACAUUGUUGAAAUUCUCGCAAAGUACGACCUUUUGCAAGUUUUAAUCACUUAUAUUCUCACAAAUGAUUUCCCUAUAAAAACUCUGUGGAAAAAGACUGUCAAUAAACAUGUUCGAGAGCAAUAUGAUCGUGUUUGGCGAGAAAAGAUUAGUAAGAACAAUCAACUAUAUCUCUACUCUAAGGUUCAUACAAAGAAUGAAGUUUCUCAUUGGUGGAUAAUAGCAAGAAAGAAUCCAUCCUUCAUGAAG